AUGUCCUCAACAGUCGACGAGGAAGCCACCAUCUCGAUCCCGAGCCUUGCCUUCGUCGCCGUGCUAGGAUAUUUCAUCUAUCGCUACUUCUUCUCUUCCCGCCCAGGCCCCGAUGGCGGCUCUCCAACAUCCUCUCCUGCCUCCAGAAACACCACCCCUGGGAUCCGUUUCACGCCGGCGCAGGUUGAUCAGAUAGCCCAAAUGUUUCCGCAGUUAAAUCGCCGGGAUAUAAUGUGGGAUUUGCAUCGCAACAGAGGCAGUGUGGCGGCUACAACGGAAAGAGUGCUGACGGGAAGAGGAUUGGAUCCGGCUCCGCCUUCAUUCCAACCGCCCCCGUCGUUUAUGGCCACGUCCUCUGAAUCAACAGCUACCACCCCCACUGUAAUAACACCCUUCAAAAAGCCUCCGCCGCCGGAUUUGAUCACGCGGUACAAUUUACAAGCGAAGGUAAACUCCAAGGGGAAAGAGCGAGAAGAAGAAUCACCGCCGCCGGGAUGGACCAGCAACAAAGAGGAGCGACAGAAGAUGCUCCAGAGACGGCGAGAAGAAAUGAUUCUCGCUGCUCGGAGGAAGAUGCAGGAAAAAGAUGCAGACAAUGGACAGCCUCCAUCUUAG